GCAGCUGUUAACCCGGAUGUGUUGCCCUUAAAUCAACCGCUUUUAUUUUUCUAGUGUGGCUAACGGCUGUUACCAUUCAAAGCUGCAAGCUUUACUGGACACAAUUCAGUGGCUAUAAAACAGUUCCAAAAAGUGUAUGCUUAGUGUUUUUUCCAUACUAUUUCAACGGUCUGAAUAUUUAAUUUGAGAAAUGUCGAGGCGAAGGCACAGCGAUGAGGGUGAUGCCGGCUCCCAGCCUCACAAACGCAGGAGGACGUCUGAACCCAUUGAGAUUGAAGACCGCCUGGAGUCGCUGAUAUGUCGAGUGGGAGAGAAGAGUACGUCCUCCUUAGAGAGCAAUUUGGAGGGUCUUGCUGGUGUCCUGGAGGCGGAUCUUCCUAAUUAUAAAGGCAAAAUCCUGCGCAUCUUAUGUGCUGUUGCAAGGCUUUUGCCGGAGAAGUUGACGGUGUACACAACACUAGUGGGACUUCUCAACGCUCGCAACUACAACUUUGGAGGAGAGUUUGUGGAGGCCAUGAUCCGACAACUUAAGGAGACACUAAAAUCAAACCUUUACUCUGAGGCCGUUUACUUGGUGCGCUUUCUCAGUGACCUGGUGAACUGUCAUGUCAUCGCGGCUCCAUCCAUGGUUGCUAUGUUUGAGAACUUUGUCAGUGUUACGCAGGAAGAAGACAUACCACAGCUUCCGCGGCGUCAGAAGACUCAUGUUUCCAUGCUGCAGGUGUGGACUGCAGAAAAGCCCCACCCUCAGGAAGAGUAUCUGGACUGUCUCUGGGCUCAGGUGCAGAAGCUGAAGAAGGACCGCUGGCAGGAGCGUCACAUCCUGCGGCCUUAUAUUGCGUUUGACAGUGUGCUGUGUGAAGCCCUGCAGCACAACCUGCCCCCUUUCACACCUCCAGCCCACUCUGAUGACGCUGUCUACCCUAUGCCCCAUGUCGUCUUCAGAAUGUUCGACUACACUGAUGCCCCAGAGGGGCCAGUGAUGCCAGGAAGUCAUUCAGUUGAGCGCUUUGUGAUUGAGGAGAACCUGCGCUGCAUCAUCAAGUCUCACUGGAGGGAGAGGAAGACCUGUGCUGCCCAAUUGCUCAGCUACCCUGGAAAAAACAAGAUUCCCCUUAACUACCAUAUUGUGGAGGUGAUAUUUGGUGAGUUAUUCCAGCUGCCCAGUCCUCCUCACAUUGAUGUCAUGUACACUGCGUUACUCAUUGAGCUCUGCAAACUGCAACCAGGCUCAUUACCACAAGUUCUCGCUCAAGCCACAGAAAUGAUGUAUAUGAGGCUGGACACAAUGAACACAACCUGUAUAGACCGGCUCAUCAACUGGUUCUCGCAUCAUUUGAGUAACUUCCAGUUCAGAUGGAGCUGGGAUGACUGGGCUGACUGCCUGACUCAAGACAUUGAAAAGCCCAAACCCAAGUUUGUUAAAGAGGUUUUGGAAAAGUGUAUGAGGUUGUCGUACCAUCAGCGGAUAGUGGACAUUGUUCCUCAGAGUUUCUCUGCCCUGAUCCCGGCUAACCCUGUGUGCAGCUAUAAAUAUGAAGAGGAGACUGAGUGUCCAUUACCAGGAUUAGCUAUGGCAACUACAGUGAGUAACGCUAUCAAAAACCGGGCAUCUAAUGAGGAGAUUCUUAUUGUUCUAAAAGAUGUCCCUAAUCCAAACCAGGAUGAUGAUGAUGAUGAGGGCGACGGCUUCAACCCUCUGAAGAUUGAAGUGUUCCUGCAGACACUGCUCCAUUUGGCUGCAAAGUCUUUCAGUCAUUCCUUCAGUGCCCUGGCCAAGUUCCAUGAGGUUCUGAAGAACCUUACAGACAGUGAUGAGGGGAAACUGCACAUCCUCAGGGUUCUGUAUGAGUUCUGGAGGAACCAUCCUCAGAUGACCUCCGUGUUGGUGGACAAGUUGAUACGGACCCAGAUCGUGGACUGUGCAGCUGUGGCCAACUGGAUAUUUUCUCCUGAAAUGGCUCAUGAUUUUACCAGGUUUUAUGUGUGGGAGAUUCUACAUUCGACCAUCCGGAAGAUGAACAAACACGUGCAGAAGAUCCAGAAAGAGUUGGAUGAGGCAAAAGAAAAGCUGGAGAAGCAACAGAACAAAAAGCAGCGGGACAGCGGCGAUGAAGAGGACAUGGAGAAGAACAGUGAGGAUGAGGAGGGUCAGUUGGAGGAACAGAUCGAGAGGCUGCAGGAGAAAGUCGAGUCGGCCCAGAGCGAACAGAAGAACCUUUUCCUUGUUAUAUUCCAGCGCUUCAUUAUGUUACUGACAGAGCACCUGGUUCGCUGUGAAACGAGCGGCGUAGACAUCAACACCACCUGGUACAAGAACUGCAUCGAGAGGCUACAGCAGAUCUUCCUCAUGCAUUAUGUAAUCAUCCAGCAGUAUAUCGGCACCCUGGAGAACCUGCUAUUCACCGCUGAGCUCGACCAUCAUAUCCUGGCUGUUUACCAGCAGUUCUGCGCUCUUCAGCUCUGAAUUCCCACAAUGCAUCACUUCAGACUGUCACACCUGCCUGUUUAUGUGGCAUUUCAAGGUUUAGUGACAUCGAUCGGGAUCAUUGGAGAUGGUUUUUUUGUAAGUAGUGAUAUUGGGAAAUCUCAGACCCUUUUUGGGGCCCUUGAUAUGUUUGUGUAGUGUUUCUUUUUUUCUUUUCAUUUUUUUUUUCUUUCUUUUUAUUUUUCAUUGUCAUCGGCUCUGUGGUAAGUGUAGCUCUUUUAAAUGCCUGGUGUUUAGUAAACCAUGAUGAAGAGCUUAGUUUUACUCAAGCAACUAUGGUAUGAAACUACUCAUUUUUAUGCGUUUUAUGUCAUUUUGAUUGAAAAAUGAUUGUCGAGUUGGGUUUCAAGUAAUUCUUCAUUAUCAAUGGUGUGCCUCUUAAAAGCAGAUUGAGCUCUUUUGCCACUGUAAUGCAGUGUUUUGAAUGAUAAAAUUUCUUUUUUUUUUU